AUUGUAUGCCGAAUUAAUUGCUAGAGGAGUGUUGAAUCCUAAAAAAAACUCCUAGGAACGAUCCCUUCUGUUCCACCAUUACUGUUAAGAAAUAAUGAGCAGAGCAGCAGCAGCAGCCGUGGCGGCAGAGUAUCAUUCGAAGGACUUCCAAUGGGAGACCUUGAAACACGAAAUCGAAAGCGAUCCCUCCCUCCAAUACCACCUCCUCCCGUUCAUUUCUCCCAUUCCUCAACAACAACAGCGACAACAACAAGAAGCUGAAGAAGACGCGCAAGCAUGGAAGCUAUUUCACAUUCGCCACUCCACUGGAAGGUUCUUCAAGGAGAGGCGGUACUUGUUGAAGGAAUUUCCUGAACUGGUUUCUCGCGGAGAGCUUUCUACGCUUCUGGAGGUGGGUUGCGGCAAUGGCAGUACGGUUCUUCCAAUACUGCGUGGCAACAAGGAAAUCAUUGUAUAUGCAUGUGAUUGUAGCGAUGAGGCUCUUGAAAAGGCUAAUAAAGAGAUUGUAGAUGGUACUGAUGCGGCCUCUUUUAAGCAUCGAUUCCACCCAUUCCAUUGCGAUUUUUCGUUGCAUGGGUUUCCAAAGUGGUUGGCAUGUGAUUCUUGCCAGAAAUCAUUUUUGCCUAAGCAAUACAAUAGCUUUUCAGAUGUUGAAAGUGAAAAUGAAGUCCUUGUAAAUGCUUCGCAUUCGUGGAAAGAAAGUGGAUGUUGCAUUGGUGGAGUGGACUUUGUUACUAUGAUUUUCACAUUGUCGGCUGUAUCACCCCAUAGGAUGCCAACAGCUAUAACAGAGUGCUUUUCUGUCUUGAAUCCUGGUGGUCUCCUCUUAUUUAGGGAUUAUGGCCUCUAUGACAUGACCAUGCUGCGGUUCGAGCCACACAAACGGGUGGGAUUUAGGGAGUACAUGAGAUCGGAUGGAACACGCUCUUAUUUUUUCUGUUUAGAAACUGUCAGGGAUCUCUUUCUGCAUGCUGGCUUCAUUGAGCUUGAGCUAGAAUACUGCUGUGUUAAUUCAGAGAAUCGCAGAAAUUCAAAGAGCGUGCGCAGGGUGUGGGUUCACGGAAAGUUUCAGAAGCCUGUAUGAAGUUUUCUAUCAAGAUCGCUAUAGUUGAGUUAACCCAUUUCGAAGAUGUUAUAAACGAUUGUUGUAUCCAGAAGCUUUCGGUUGCCGACUCCUUUUCCUUCUUCAGGUUAACACCACUUCAGUGUUGCUUUACCUUAAUUUUCUGAUGUGGAACCACAACUUGUCAUGCAUGGCGAGAAAUAAGUGUUGGAUGGUGUUUGUGUACACAGCAAAAAUCAGAUCUGAUAAUUACACGACUACUAGAACGCCUUC